UCUAGACCCUUCUUCUUGCUCCUUCCACCUCCGGAACCCUCCGGACUCUCACUUCUUUUUUUAAAUCUCCCUUUUGCACAGAUUUUCACCUACAAACACGCACCAGAAACACUGAAGAACGAAGAACACGAAAAAUAUAAACUCCUAAAUUUCCACCUGAAACAAUGGCGAGAAUGGGCGAAGGAGACAAGAGAUGGAUCGUCGAAGACCGCCCCGACGGCACUAACGUCCACAAUUGGCAUUGGGCCGAGACAGAUUGUCUUGAAUGGUCCCGCAAUUUCUUCAAGAAAACCCUCUCCGAUCAAUCCCUAUUAAAUGGCGAAGGCAAUCUCUUCAUUAAGAUAAACAAGGUCGAUAAACUCGACGGCGAAGCCUACGUCAAUAUCCGUAAGGGGAAAAUCAUCCCUGGGUACGAAUUGAGCCUCGUAGUUUCAUGGGAAGGUGAAGCCAAAGAUUCCGAUGGUAAUUCAGUGCUUAAAUCCGAGGGGACCGUAGAGAUACCUUAUAUUUCCGAUGAGAACGCCGACGAAGAUCCGGAGCUUAGAGUUACGGUGAAGGACGAUGGGCCAAUCUGCAAAAGAUUAAAGGAGGCCUUCUUAGCUAAAGGGAAACCGUUUGUGCUGGAGCAAGUUAGGGCUUACGUCAGUGCAAUGGCGAAUGGUGGGCCCGCGAAAGAGGAGCUGGAGGUGAAGAAAGUGGCAAAGAAGACUGCUUCUGCUGGUAGUGGUGAUGAGAAGGCAGUGGCGGCUGCUGCUCCGGUGGUGGAGAAGAUGGAGGUGGUGAAGAAGGAGAAGAAGAAAGAAGGGUUUAAGACGAUUACAAUGACAGAGAAGUUUAGUUGUGGGGCGAGGUAUUUGUUUGAGAUAUUGAUGGAUGAGAAUAGGUGGAAGGGUUUUACGCAGAGUAAUGCUAGGAUUAGUAAGGAGGUGAAUGGGGAGUUUAGCAUAUUUAAUGGGUCGGUGACUGGGACUAAUGUGGAGUUACAAGAGGGCAAGCUAAUUGUGCAGAAGUGGCGGUUCGGUAGCUGGCCUGAUGGCAUUCACUCAAUGGUGCGACUAACCUUUGAUGAGCCUGAACCUGGGAUUACAAUUGUCAAGCUCAUACAUAGUGAUGUUCCAGAGGAAGACAGAUAUGGAAACGCAACUGUGGUGGAGAAUACGGAGAGGGGAUGGAGGGAUCUUAUUUUCCACAAAAUACGAGCAGUUUUUGGUUUUGGAAUAUGAUUUUCUUCUUGGAGUUAGUUAAUGAAUCCGGCCAAGCGUAGAAUUUUGUCAUUUUGGGUUCCAUUAGACUGAGAUAUGGAUUGAAUAUGACUAUUAUGGUAAAAAUGUACCCAAUUUUAUGGGUGCAGCUACCAUCAUAUUUACGGUGACCUCUGGCUGUGCCAGACCCAAUAGCCUGUGCUGCCAAGUAACUAAUUGUGAACUGUGUCUUGAUUGGAAUGAAGGAUAUAAUGUUCUUUGUUCUCUCUUC